GGGAGCUCCUUUGUUUAUCUUCCCUUUGAGGCAGCAAUCCCGCUGCUCUGUAGCUCCAACCUGGACUCUCCUCCUCGGUCGGCUGGCUUUGACAUUGCAGGUCCUAAGAUAUCCACCUGCGGCAGGAGAUCAUUCAUCGCUCUCCAGCAGCGGAUACUUCAGAAAAGGACUGGUCUCCCUCCGAUUCUCUAAAAGAAGACUCUCUGCCUCUGCAGAGCAACGGGACUGCACCUGCUUCAGCUAGGAAAACACAGAAGCCGAGGCCGCAGGGAAGCAGAAGUUGGGGAACUGCAACCUGCUUUCUGAGUUCUCAAAACAGCGGGACACACCUGGUUUUCUGCAUGCCUGCCUGCCUGCCGACAUGUCAACUAUCAGUCCUGAAUAUGACUACUUGUUUAAGCUGCUCCUGAUUGGCGAUUCUGGAGUUGGGAAGUCAUGCCUUCUGCUCCGUUUUGCGGAUGACACCUACACAGACAGUUACAUCAGUACCAUCGGCGUGGACUUCAAAAUCCGGACAAUAGAGUUGGAGGGAAGGACCAUUAAGCUGCAGAUUUGGGAUACGGCAGGGCAGGAGCGCUUCCGAACAAUCACGUCCAGCUAUUAUCGAGGUGCGCAUGGCAUCAUCAUUGUAUACGAUGUGACAGACCAGGAUUCCUUCAACAACAUGCAUCUCUGGCUGGAGGAAAUCAACCGCUAUGCCAGUGAGAACGUCAACAAACUGAUUGUGGGAAACAAGAGCGACCUCACGAGCAAGAAAGCAGUGGAUUACACUACAGCCAAGGAAUAUGCAGACUCCCUUGGGGUGCCCUUCCUAGAGACCAGUGCGAAAAACGCCACCAAUGUCGAACAGGCCUUCCUCACCAUGGCGGCGGAGAUCAAGAACCGGGUGAGCAGCGGCCCCACCCAGAACGACAGCCAUAAGUCGAACCUCCACAUCCAGAGCGGCCCCCUGAGGCAAGAAGGGCCUGGCCAGGGAGAAGAUGGCGGAGGAGGCUGUUGCUAAGAGAGCAGCCACCCAACGAGCGAAGGAGGGGAAGGUUCGAGGAACGCACAAGGGGGAGGGAGCAGCGGUGAGCCUUGGGCCUGCAGAAUGGCCAACGAUGACGACGGGACCCCCUUUUUCUUCACAGCAUCCCAACGGACUUGGAAUGCACAACAGAACUUCUCCUGGCAAAACAGCCUUGGCCAAUCUAUGUUUGCUUCAUCCCGUUUCCCUGACUUUGGAGCUGUCAUAUCUUUUCCUGUUUAGCAACCACCUCCUGACCUGCUGUACCAACACACACACACACACACACAGCCCAGUUUCCUUCUCUUAGCAAAUCUCCUCCCAGCCCAAUGGAACAUGGGACCUACCAAUUGUCUUGCUGCAUAGAAAGAGGGAAUCGAGGGGGCGGAGAGACCCUUAUACCAGAUUCAUUCGCCUAGAAUCACCAUCAUUACCUGGUUCCGCUUCCACACACACCAAAAUGGGUUUCGGAGCAUGCUAUCAAGAUCCCUUGGCACUGUCUAACAGCCACCACCUCACUCUCAAGCCUUUCCCAUUUUUUAAAAAACCAGUACUGUAUUGCUGAAGGCUGUUCAACUGACAGAAAGGGUAGAUUUCCACUCUUCUCUCGGCCACCCCUUCCCGCUACUGCCUCCUCAAAACUCCUGCCUGCUAGCUCUGAGAGCAUAACUGCAUUACAAACUUACAUUAGCCCAUGGAUCCUGGGGGUUGUAGUUUGGUAAGGGUCAAGAGAAGUUUCUAUUCCAUAGAGUUCACCACCAAAGAACUACAGAUCCCAGAAUUAAGGGGAGAAACUGGAAUAACUCUUUAACCUAAUGUAAGCGUGUGAUGCAGCCAUAAACACAGUACAUCCACACCCAACGUGUCACGGAUGAAAAUACGGACACCGUUGCGCAUGCGUAACAUGCCUGUUCCGCCACUACAGAUCACUGUCUUGGCUCUCCCCAAACCCAGCAAUACACAGACAUUGUUGAAGGUUCCCCUCCCGCAGUGCA